UGAGGCAAGAAAAACAAACGAAAUUUACAAAAAACUCUCGGCUUUUUCAGCCAAAAACGUGUUUAAUAACGUUGGACUACAACGAGUAAAGUAGAACUAGUGUAUUUGCGUUCCUACUGCUGGUCCCCCAAAAUAGUGAUCGAGAGAACGAGAGUGGUGGGGAUAGCGAGGAUCAGGUGAAACGUCAACCGCGUAAACACGGCGCGAUCGCAAACCCAAACCGGAGUCGAUCGUGUGCGGGAGCGGCGACGGCGUGAUCUCCCGGAUAGCGGAUUUCGCGCCACAGCAGGAGAACUCCAGGAUUGCCGGGACCAUGACCGGAGAGCUACCGUCCCCUCCCAUCGCCGCCACCACGGAGGACGGCGCCAUGGAGAUCGAGCUGCUGGAGAACGAUAUACGACGAUUGCGAAAGCAGCUGCAAGAGAAGGUCCAGCAGCUGAAGGCCUUGAAAAAGCAUUUUCAGAAAAACUGUAUAAGCAAGCUGAACAACGAUGAGAUCGCUCGUUACAGUCGUCAGAUCAUUCUGUCCGAGAUUGGCGUCCAGGGGCAGCUGAAGCUGAAGAAGGCAUCCGUGCUGGUGGUCGGAGCCGGUGGGCUUGGUUGCCCUUCGGCGCUCUAUCUGGCGGGAUCGGGCAUCGGAUGUAUCGGUAUCCUGGAUUACGAUGAGGUGGAACUGACCAAUCUACACCGACAGCUGCUCCACACCGAAGCAACCGUGGGCCUGACGAAAGUGGCAUCCGCCCAAGCAGCACUCGAGCAACUCAACUCGCAGAUCGAAAUCGUGAGCCAUCACGCACAACUGACGAGCGAGAAUGCGCUCAAUCUGCUCGCACCGUACGAUGUGGUGGUGGAUGCAACGGACAAUGUGGCCACCCGGUACCUGCUGAACGAUGCGUGCGUCAUGCUGGGCAAACCGCUCGUCUCUGGCAGUGCGCUGCAGCUCGAGGGGCAGCUAACCGUGUACAAUCAUCGCGGUGGACCGUGCUAUCGGUGUCUCUAUCCAACGCCUCCGCCACCCGCCGCCGUAACGAACUGUGGUGACGGUGGAGUGCUCGGUGCGAUCACCGGUGUCAUUGGAGCACUCCAAGCCCUGGAAACCAUCAAGAUCGUGCUCGCGAAUGAUGGCGUUCUCAGCGGUCGGCUGUUGCUGUUCGAUGGGCAGCAGAGUGCGUUUCGCAAUCUGAAGCUACGGCCCCGGAAACCGGGCUGUGCCGUUUGCUCCGAAAAGCCCACCCUGACACAGCUGAUCGAUUAUGAGCAGUUCUGCGGCAUGAAGGCUACCGAUAAGGACUCCGCGGUGACACUUCUCGCACCCGAGGAACGCAUUUCCGUGCGCGAGUAUCACGAUGAAUGGCUGAUGGCGGGGCGGAAGCAUCUGCUGAUCGAUGUGCGUAGUGCCAGCCAGUACGAGAUGUGUCAAUUGCCGGGUUCACCGAUAAACAUUCCGAUCGACGAUAUUCUGCACGAUCGGCGCACCGAGGAAAUCGUCCAGAAGCUGCUGGCUAGCGUUGCUGAUGAGCAGGCGGCGGCAGCGGCGUCGCCUCCACCUUUGUACCUUGUCUGUCGCCGCGGCAACGAUUCGCAGCUGGCUGUACGGCACCUGGAGCCACUGUUUAGGGCACGAAAUCUUCCCGCUCCGCGUGAUCUAAUCGGUGGCCUGCACGCCUGGACCAAGACCAUCGAUCCCGCGUUCCCAAUCUACUAGCCGGGGGAACAAGGUGGGAGAGCGAAAGAGCAUUGUUGUUUAUGUACUCGUUUACCUGUUUUGCAUUUUUGGAAGCACAAUAAAAUCUAAAGAAACGCACAGAA